AUGACUCCUGUUCCUCCCGAUGCGAAGGUGUGGCUCGUGACAGGCUGCGCCUCUGGCUUGGGGCGUGAGGUGGUGCUGGCUGCCCUGGCGCAUGGAGACUGCGUGAUCGCCACGGCUCGCAACCCGGAGCGACUGGCUGAUCUCGAGAAGAAAGGCGCUCGGACGCUGGCGCUGGAUGUGACCGCCAGCCAAGACGAACUGAACGCGGUGGCGGCCCAUGCGCUGGGCAUGUAUGGAACUAUCGACGUGCUAGUGAAUAACGCGGCGUAUCUGCUUGAAGGCGCCAUCGAAGAGUGCAGUGAGCAAGAGGUGCUGGACCAGUACAACACCAAUGUCUUCGGUAUGCUGCGCGUCCUGCGUGCUGUAUUGCCACAUAUGCGCGAGAAGCGCUCGGGUGUUGUAGCCAAUGUGGGAUCGGCUGGUGGUUGGAAGGGGAUCCCCGGCAUUGGACUCUACGGAUCGACCAAGUUUGCCAUUGCUGGUAUCACGUUGGCUCUUCGCGAGGAAAUGGCUCCACUCGGCAUUGAAGUGACGGUCGUGGAGCCUGGAGCCUUUCGUACGUCCAUCUUGGGCAAGGGUUUCAUUCCUGCGAAGACUCCGAUCAAGGACUUUGCACCGCUCACGCAGCCGCUGACAACGCACGUUGCUAACUUCAGUGGCAAGCAACCAGGAGACCCCGCCAAGGCCGCGCAGCUCAUGGUCGAGGCGUUGACCAAGACUGGACGCUGUAAGGGUAAGGCAUUGCCUAGUAGACUUCUUCUUGGCAAGGAUGCCGUGAAGCUUGGACAGGGCGUACUAGAGCAGAACAAACGAGAGCUGGAUGAGUGGGCAGAGCUGUCGGGGUCGACAGACUUCGCGGACAGCUGCAAGCCGUAGAUUCGUCCUCAUUAGAGUUAAUAAACAGUCGAGUUUAAAGUGUUCACAGAG